AUGGAUUCAGGGGAUGAUGACUCUGUUUCAAAGAGGAGGACUAGACAACAAUCUAUUAAAAAAAGGGCCAAGUUAAAUAAGAAGAGGAACAGAUUGAGUCGAAAGACUUGUUCUGUGAAUGUGAAUAAUGGAGAGGAUGUUAGUCGUGGGAGGAAAAGAAAAAUGGUGGAGCCUUCGCGAGGUGACAAGAGAAAAUCAAAAAAUGCAAGGGUGGUAAGAAAUGUGGUAAACAAUGGGAGGAGGAAGUUUAGUCCAGGAACUUGUGAGUCCAUCACGAAACGGCCUUUCAUCGAGGAAAUGUCUGAUGAUGAUUCUGAGGAGGAGAGUGAUCCUGAUUUCGUUAUCGUUGAGGAGGAGGAGGAGGCUGUAAAUACGUCAGGAUCUUCGUCCAAUGUUGGGUUAACGAGUCCUAUGUUGAAUGCAGCAGAGGAGGUUGUUUCAUCUACCUCAAGCAUGUGUAGCACAAAUGAUGAAUCUGAAGACUUGACUGAUACAACCUCAUUUUCUGAGUCGGAAUUUGAAUCUUCAAGUGAUGAUAUUGAUAGUGAUGACCCCAAAGACAAGAAUAACCGGGUGGUUGAAUCAUCGAGUUCGGAUGAUAUAAGCAGUGAUUUUGAUGAUGAGGAAUCAGAAGAUGAUGAGGUAUCAGAAGAUGAUGAUCUGAGCUAUCCUAAAAAUAAUGAAGAAGGAAAAAAGAAAUCAAAUGAGGGACUAGUAGCUCAGCUUGUUGUUGGCGGUGAAACGAACAAGAAAGGCCAAUCAUGUAUUCUUCAGCCACGCUCACUUUCUAAGCUGAAAGAGAAGAAGUUAAAUGAUGGAAAUUUUAGUAGACCGAUUCUUCUUAGUGAUGACGAGGAGUCUAAAUCCUUGUCCGAAGAGGACUGUGAGGUUGAUGACUCCGCGAAAAAUAUUGUUCAAAAGGAUGUUACUCAAAAGACUCGGAAGAACACUCUUGAAGAUUCUGAAUUUCUGAAGUUUGUUGUUGAUUCUAUAAUAAAUGUUGAUGAUCAUGAUAAAUUCACUCCUCAAGAGAAGGAACUUGUUCCUGUCAAAGAAACACUUCCUUUAGUAUUCCGGUUUGAAGACGAGGAACCUCUCCCCCCGGAGAAAGAAGAAUGGGAAAAGGAAAUCGAAAAUCUUUUUGUUGAAAUGGACAUGUGUAUCUUAGAAUCAGAUAUUGGCUUUACGAAUCAAUCUGUUUCACUGAUGCAGGAUGGAGACAUAAGUGGCUGUGAGAUGGGAAACCACCAUCUUGUGCUAGAUGAACAAAUUGGACUCAUCUGUAAAGUUUGUUCGCACGUGCAUUUGGAGAUCAAGUACAUCUUCCCUCCUUUUGCUGAGAGAACUCGAGGGAGGAAUGGAAGAAAAUAUUGUAGAGAGUCGCCAUCACUCUUGGAUGUUGACGACUUCAGAUUUUCUGAUUCUUCCACAGUCCAUGAUUCUCCUGUUUAUGAAGAAGGAACAGUUUGGGAUUUAGUUCCGUCAAAUGCCAAAGCAACAAUGUUUCCUCAUCAACGUGGAGGAUUUGAGUUCAUGUGGAAAAAUAUUGCUGGAGAUAUAAUUCUUGAGAGACUGAGAGAGCCCAUAUCUGAUGGUAAGGGAGGAUGCAUAAUCUCACAUCCACCUGGAACCGGAAAAACUCGACUCACCAUAGUAUUUCUUCAGUCAUUUCUAAAGUUGUUUCCAAAGUGUCGGCCUGUAAUCAUUGCUCCUUCCAAUCUGCUUCUUAACUGGGAAGCCGAGUUCCAUAAAUGGGAGGUGAACAUUCCCUUCCACAACUUGAACAACAAAGAUUUCUCUUUCCAGGAAGAUGAAGCUACUGCUAGUGUCUUCCACUGUUUAUCCCAUGCCGGAAGAAAAAAUCCACAGCUUAUACGUAUGGUGAAGCUGAGAUCCUGGGCUAAAAGUAAGAGUGUUUUGGGAAUCAGCUAUGACUUGUUCAGGAUUCUAACGGGAGGUGAUGGAGAUGGUUAUGCCAAAGAGAUUAGAGAAAUCCUUCUAAAAUUACCUGGUCUUCUGAUUCUUGAAGAAGGGCACACUGCUCGGAAUGAGCAAAGCCUUGUGUGGAAAGCUUUGAAAAAAGUUGAAACCGAGAAGCGCAUACUUUUGUCUGGUACUCCGUUCCAGAAUAACAUCAAAGAGUUGUACAAUACUCUCUAUGUAGUUAGUCCGAAGUUUGCUUCAGAUUUGGAGCAGAAAUGGGCUUCUCUUAGUAGUUCCAUUGACAAAAAUGCCCGAGCUUUGGAAGAGCUUAGGGAUAUUAUUUCACCAUUUGUUCAUAGAUGUAGUGAAAAUGUAAAGAAGGUAAGUCUUCCGGGUAUAAGGGAUACAGUGAUAUACUUGAAGCCGACAGAUUUGCAGAAGGAAUUGCUUAAAAGAAUUCCAGAGAAUCCAGGCUCGUUUUACGAACAAAAUCUGGUGUCUCUGAUCUCCGUCCAUCCUUCAUUAGUGGCAAAGAGGAAGGAGUUCUCUGAGUCAGUAAGUCAUCUAAAAGAACAAAGAUGUCGGUUGGAUCCAGAUAUUGGAGUGAAAAUGAAAUUUGUUGUGGAACUAAUCAAACUCUGUGGUGGGCCGAAGGAGAGGGUUAUAAUAUUUAGCCAGUUACUUGAUCCUCUAAACCUGAUCAAGGAGCAACUCAAUUCUCUCUUCGGCUGGACUUUAGGCCGCGAGAUUCUCUAUAUGGAUGGGAAACUUGAUGUAAAGCAGCGACAGCUAUCAAUAAAUUCUCUUAAUGACCCUAACAGUGAUGUAAAAGUGCUUCUUGCAUCGAUAAAAGCAUGUUCGGAAGGAAUAAGUCUUAUAGGGGCCUCAAGAGUGGUUUUGCUUGACGUUCUCUGGAAUCCCUCAGUACAGCAGCAAGCCAUCAGUCGAGCCUACAGAAAUGGUCAGACUAAAGUUGUGCAUGUUUACAAUCCAGUGAUAUCAAAAUGGGAGGUUGACAAGAUCGAACAGCAGACAAGAAAAAAGUAUCAUUCAGAUGUACUUUUGUCUAGGAAUGAAGUCAAGAUGGAUCCUUCACGUUCCGUUUCAGAGGAUGACAUACUAGAAUCCAUGGUUAAGCAUGAGGGCCUCCGUCAUAUUUUUGAAAAACUAUCUCAUGCACCAUGUACUACAUGAUUGUAACCAACCAAACAAUAAGGCACUUUGAUGCAGUUCUAUGGUUUCAGAUUCACACCUGGUUUAUGAAAAAUGCAGAUAGGAGUUCUCAUCAUUGAUCAUCCAUG